GACGUAUCCAUGCGCCUGAGGAGGGAGCAGAGACGUAGGCACGCGCGCUGCGGGAGCCCGGCAUGAGGUUACCCUCUCAUAAAUGAAUGAAGUCCCUGCAGAGUGGUUCCACCCACCAGCAACUGCAGUCUGGCUACCAGUGCUCGCUGAUCAGCUUUAUAAGAGACAGCAAACAGAUCUAAACACAUUUGUCUUAAUGGGAGCAUCAUCAGGCCCAUCAAUCGCAAGUACACUUCAUCUUUGUGUAUGGCUAUGAGGAUUUUAUGGAGAUUAUAUGGCUACUCUGCUAGACUACUGAAAACUAAACUUUUUAGAACAGCUGCAUUAAACACAUCAUUUCCAGAAGUUUGGUUACUGCUGGUACAGUAUUUUGAAAGAGUACCUGGAUUUUUUUGGGUAGUUCAGAGAAACAGUUUCUUUACAAUGCCUGAAAUUCUAGAAAAUAAAGCUGAUAUUGAACUGUAUACACCUCAUCCUGAAGUACGUGGAAUGACAACACUUGACAGAGCAGCUUUCAAAAGGACAAUUGUUGUUCCAGUUCUAAAAGUGAAAAAAGAAGUAAUAAACAAAUUGUUAAAAUCCCUCAAACAUACAACACUGCAGCGCCCAGGUCUGAAGCGAGUGAUUGAUGAUCCAAAAGAUGAAGACAGUAGACUUGUUUUGUUGGAUCCUCAUAAAAUAUCAGCAGAAUAUUCACUGGGAGAAUCUGAACAAGAAAUAUUAAAGCAGUUUAGUAUUGACCCUCAGGUGUCCAAGUAUAACUUAGAACUGACUUAUGACCAUUUCAAGACUGAGGAAAUCUUACGAGCGGUGCUUCCUGAAGGUCAAGAUGUCACCUCUGGAUUUACUAGGAUUGGCCAUAUAGCUCACUUGAAUCUUAGAGAUCAUCAGCUACCCUACAAACAUCUGAUUGGUCAGGUUAUAAUUGACAAGAAUCCAGGAAUCACCUGUUCAGUAAACAAAAUCAAUAUUAUUGACAACACUUAUCGAAAUUUUCAAAUGGAAGUGCUAGCAGGAGAGGCCAAUAUGAUAACAAAGACUAGAGAAAACUACAUCACCUAUGAAUUUGACUUUUCUAAAGUCUAUUGGAAUUCCCGUCUAAGCACAGAACAUGGCCGUAUCAUUGAACUUUUAAAGCCAGGUGAUGUUCUAUUUGAUGUCUUUGCUGGGGUUGGGCCUUUUGCCAUUCCAGCUGCAAAGAAAAAGUGCAGCGUAUUUGCAAAUGAUCUCAACCCUGAAUCCUACAAAUGGCUUCUACACAACUGUAAAUUAAAUAAAGUGGACAAAAAAAUAAGAAAAUUCAAUAUGGAUGGUCGGGAUUUUCUUCUGGGGCCAGUUAAAGAAGAGCUAACCAAGGAACUGUCACUUCUGACAAAAGAAAGGAAAAACACUCUGCACAUAGUCAUGAAUUUGCCAGCUUUGGCUAUCGAAUUUCUAGAUGUUUUCAAACAUUUCUUAGAUGGAAAGCCAUGCAGCACUGACCUCCUUCCCACAGUGCACUGUUACAGCUUCUCAAAACAUGAUAAUCCGGCCAAAGAUGUUCAAGAAAGGGCUGAAGCUUUUCUGGAAACGUCUUUAGAGGGACGCUGUUCUACUCAUCUGGUGAGAAAUGUUGCACCAAAUAAGGAAAUGAUGUGCAUCAGUUUCCGGAUCCCAGCUGAAGUGUUGUUCAAGAAGCAGUGUACUCAGGAAGACCCUCCUGCAGCCUCUUCAAGCUCAUCAUAAGAAGCAAGCUCCCCACAGACCAGGACACACCAAAAGCAGCACCAGACCCUGCCAGAACAACAGAUGCAAAACCUGCAGAGACAUCUACACUGCUGCAAUGAUCGACACCCCCCCUCCCAAUACAUCUUUCCAGAUCCAUGGAUCCUACACAUGCCUAUCACAACAUGUGGUGUCCCUCACCCAGUGCACUAAAUGCCCCAACAACUAUGUUGAUGAAAUCAGACUAUCACUACAGUCUCGAAUGAAGUCACACAGGAAAACUUUGAAAGACAAACUCCAUCGCCUGUGGGUGAACACUUCUCACAAAGCACUCACUACAUCUCACCUAUCAAUCCUCAAAGGAAACCUGCACAAUGCUUUCAAAAGAUGAGCCUAGACACUAAAAAUCAUAGAUUGAAAGGACACACUGGAGUGACGUAAAUCACUAAUCCCCCCCCUGUUUUUUUUUGUUCAGACUUCAGGGGUCUUAAUGGGCCUCUUCACCUUGUAUGGUCCCUUCGAAUGUGUGUUAACUACUUAUGCUACUGUGACACUUACCUUUCCCAGACUUGAAGAAGAGCUCUGUGUAGCUCGAAAGUUUGUCUCUCAGCAACAGAAGUUAGUCCAAUAAAAGAUACUACCUCACCCACCUUGUCUCUCUGGUAUCCUGGGACCAACAUGGCUACAACAACACUGCAUACCUGGGAAAGGACAUUCCUGAGGUUAAUGUACAGGCCUGGGACUCCACCUCCUCUGCAACUGUUUCUAAGGCUCUGGCUCCAUUAGUGAGCUUGCAGCAGCUCUAAGCCGAUGGGAGAGAGCUCUCUCCUGGGCUUAAUGACUCCAGCCCAGGGGUGGGCAAAAUACAUCUAACAUUUUUGUCUGGGC